UCCUUGAUUUUCCCAUUUCUGAUCCGAGGAGGAAAGCCCAUGCCCUUGUAUACAUUUGUAUUGGCCUUCGUGUUCUGUAUCUAUAAUGGCUACUUGCAAAGCAGAUACUUGAGCCAGUAUGCUGUGUAUGCCGACGACUGGGUCACAGAUCCCCGAUUUCUAGUAGGUUUCUGCUUGUGGUUAAUAGGCAUGCUGAUAAACAUCCAUUCAGACCAUAUCCUGAGGAAUCUCCGGAAACCAGGGGAGACUGGAUAUAAGAUACCAAGGGGAGGCUUCUUCGAAUACGUGACGGCAGCCAACUACUUCGGGGAGGUGGUUGAGUGGUGUGGCUACAGCCUGGCCAGCUGGUCCCUCCAAGGCGGGGCCUUCGCGCUCUUCACCUUCUGCAUUUUAUGCACCCGGGCCCAGCAGCAUCACCAGCUCUCUCUGACAUGAGGAACCAGCUGUGCUGCCCAGUGCUGCUUCUGAGGAUCCCAGAGGCGUGCGUGGACAUCGCCGUCCCGGUUUUGCUGGUUUGAAGCUGUCAUUGCCUUCCGUGCACAGCGCCUGGUGCUCCGAGAAACCUGCUCGCGGUCCAGGUCCUCGGUCCCUGCCCGCUGAGUGCGUU